AUGUCCAAAAGGCUCCGCUCCCAGUUAGAGCAAGAAAUCCCAGAAGAUGCCUGCUGUGAGAUACAUCUGGAGCCACCACAGCUGUUCUGCCAUGAUGACCAAAUCACGCUUUGUGACAAGUACUUCAAGUCCCAGGAGCACAAGAAUCAGGUGGUGUAUGGAGUACAAGAGGCUGCUGAGAAUUAUAGGAAGUUAUUCCAGGAGAUAUUGAACACACUGAAGGAGAAACUUGAAGUAGCUAAAAGCAUAUUGGCUGAUGAGCAAGAAAGAAUGGUGAUGAUGCAGGAAGAAGAGCAGAAUUUUAAAGUGAUGAUUGAGUCUGAAUAUAGGAUAAGGUUCUGGUUGAUGAUUGAAGAAAACAAAGUGAACUUCCAGAGCCUGCAAGGUUGCGGAUUCAACCUGAACUUGAGAGAAGCCAGUCAGAACCAACUGAUGGAGUUUGCCACAAAGCUAAAGGAGAAGUUCCAGGAAAUACUACAGAGACUGAACUGUCUGUGGAGAGAGAACAUGAAUAAACUGAGGGAGAGUGAAGUCAGGCUCUCUGAACAGAUCUGCAGCCUCCAAAAAUCACUGCAGAGCUAGAGAAGAAAUGUGGGCAAUCUGCCUCAGCGUUGCUCCAGAAUGCAAGAAAUUCUUUGGAAAGGAGUGAGUCACUACUGCUUCAGUGUCUAGAGCCCCCCUGAAUCACAGAUCUGAGUUUACGCCAAAUAACAGGAAUGAGCAAAAUGCUAAAAGUGCUGCAAAGACCUAUAA